AAGUUUUGGCCGAGAUCUGCGAGACGCCUCAGGGACACGUUCGCGACGGCAUGGAUGCAGCAAAACGAGAUCUUUCUCCUCCAAGCCAUUCUAUUGUCACUUUUCAUAGAUGCAUACGUUGUUCUUCUGUACUCGUGCAUUUCUUCAUUACUGCAUUGGCAUCACCUGAGGCAACUCCUGUAUUCGCUAACCAAAACUCGUUGCCCAAAGGGCACCGCCUGUUGUCGAACCCAUCUGCCUGUAUUUGGAUAGGGAAACUAAACUGACAAUGCGUCUCUCGUCCCCAAUAGUUCGUGCAACAUACCAAGCCGCUUUCUUAUCUGGCUGCUCGAACGUCGUCGCCCAGUUCUUCCGGGCAAGGCAAGAGGGCAAGCCACUGCAGAUCAAUCCGAUCGAGCUGCUUCGCUUCAUUGUGGUGACUCUCAUUACUUGUCCGCCCAAUUUCCACUGGCAACAAUUCCUCGAGCGCACUUUCCCCGCCUAUCGUUCUACACGGCGUAACGAUAUUCCCCUGACAAGACAAGAUGUGACCGAAAGAGAUGAGAAGAAGAGAAGAAAUAGCAAUGCAGAUGCUGUCUCUGUUGCCGUCAGUGGAAGCGGCAGCAAGCCCAAAAUCAAUUGGCGAAACACCUUCUUGAAGAUGUUCAUCGACUGUAUCACUCUUGGUGCGUUGCUAAAUACUGUAGCGUUUCUGGUUAUCAUGGGCUUGUUGAAAGGACACAAUAUGGAAAUGUUGGCUGCGACGGUGCGAAGGGACACAAUUCCUGUCAUAGUCGCCGGCUACAAAUUGUGGCCUUUUGUCUCGCUUAUCAGCUUUACACUAAUCCCGGUGGAACGGAGGGUCGUCUUCUUUUCAGCAUUCGGACUGCUUUGGAACGUAUACUUGUCACUUGUGGCAGCGGCUGUUUAGGAGCACUUCAAGUGUACGGCAAAGCUAGCAUGCGUACGAGCGUUUCGUUAUCAAUUACUUUGAAGCACAAUCCUUGAUUCUCUGCCGUUCAUGAAUGUAGCAGAUCUGUCUUGCAUGUAUACAUAAUUUAAAACUGGUAUCUGACGUAUCUGCCCUUGCUAGCUAUCUGGAUUGCCCAAUACUACGAGAUUUGGGGUAUAAGUCCUUAUUGGGGCAUUUCUAGAUAUGCGGUUGCUUCACGAGGAUAAUUGCUUUGAAAAGUGAGCCCUGCAGUGAUCUGCUGAAAUAUUACAUGCGUGACAGAUAUAAUGCUCAUGUACAGGUUUUCUUUUAAGUGUAUUUCGUAAUUUGUGCUUUGAUAUUUGCUGUAUAUGUCAGACUUUAAAUCUUUU